AUGGCCAAUGACGCACAAAGCAAGACUACUGAAGGCGUCCCGGGCGUAUGCAUUGUGGCUGCGGUGUUUGCCUCAGAUGGCGCAAGCAGGCAUGCUCCAGCCAGAUGGAGACGGCAGUACUUGGGACCUUACACCAGGUACCUCCUCACGAUAAUGCGAGCGGUCACAGAAGUACAGGAAUGGCUGUCUAGCAGCCGAAAUGGACCAGGAAGCACGCUGGGGGGGGCAGAUAGCGGUGACAUGACUCGUGGCCGCCAAAGGGAGCGAAAAGUUGGACACAUGAUGACACCAUGGGUGAAGAGGAAAGGCCAAGGCGAGGAGGGCUUUUUACCUUGCUCUCGACGCGAAGGAGGAGGCUUGCGUGCGGCGGAAGUUGGGCGGAUCAGCGAUUCAUUCCGGUGGACUUUUGCUGUCCAAGGGCCGGGCCGCGCAGAGCUAGAGCCAGUCAUGGUCAUGCUGUACAGGCUCCAUAUCGAUAGCACCUACAGUGGCUAUGAGCUAGCAGCGGCACGGGAACACCGCCCGAGAGGAGGGCAGCAGCAGCAGCUGGUGUCGCACCAAAGGCCUCUCGCAGCGAGCGACAGGCCCCGCGACUCCACAUGUCCAGCGCGCGCCAUCCGUGACAGCGGGCGGGCGACAAACGACAGAGAGAGCAUCACUCAGGCAGACGGCUGCGAUCCAGCGAGAUCCACCUCUGGCACGCGUGAGGGAACAAGGGCAAACACUGGAAAUCGUUGGGGAGAUCCUACCAUCGAGAUUACCGAAAAGAGCAAUCCACACCGCCAGUCCCGCGGCUACACCGGUACUUUGCUACAAGAGCCCGCCAUGGACUUUACUUCCUCCACCAACGCAAACCACAUGGAUUUUCACAGGCCAUCAUCCACACUCAGCUCAAUCGACCGGAAACCCUCCGUCUUCUCCUUCGACGACAACGCCACCCUAGACUCCAACAUCUUGGACACGCCUGUCCUCAUGUCGCCCACUUCCAGCACCCAGGGUAUCUUCUCCCCGGAGACAUCCAUCUGGGAGGACUUCUCUACCGGCCAGUUCGUCGACAGGACAGCCACCAGCUCCGUUGUCAACACAAACGGCAACAAUCCCUUCUUCACCGAACAGAGCAACAACCCCUUCGCUCGCCUCCCUCCAAACCAAGCUGCAACUUACGGCCAACAGUCAUGGCCCGUUGCCGACAUCUCGGGAUCCAGGACGCCAACAGCUCCCAAGGCCCUCAACCCCUUUGGUCCUGGCGACUUUGGAGCUGCAUCCUUUGUAGACCAGCAGCAACAGCAGCAGCAGCAGAUGCCGUACCACGGACUCCCCAACGUUAGGCCGAGUGCCGUCUUCCCGCAGUCUGCUCCUGAGCCGCCCAUGUCGCCGCACAACCACUCCGACUGGAUGGCCUUCAACCAACAGGAGAUGGACUCAAGACCCGGACCCAAGCGUAUGAGGCCCAACACCCCACCUCGCUCCUUCUCCCCUCGUCGUGACGGCGGCAUCAGGAAAAAGAACGCCCGUUUCGACAUCCCCGCCGAGCGCAACCUGUUCAACAUCGACAAUCUCAUCCAGAGCUGCACCAAUGAAGACGACCUCAAGGAACUCAAGCAACAGAAACGACUCCUUCGCAACAGACAGGCCGCACUUGACUCCCGGCAACGUAAGAAGAAGCACACGGAAGAGCUGGAAGAAGAGAAGAAGGUAUGGAUCGAGAAGAUGUGCGGCAUGCAGGACGAGUUCGCUACUAUGCGAGUUGAAUAUGAUGCUCUCCUCGCCGAGAAGGAGAAUUGGCAUCGCGAGUCCAUGGAUAUGCACCACAUGAUCGGUCAGCUCCAGUUCGACAAGGAGGAGCUCGUCCGCACGCAUACUCUGGAGACUGGCGAGCUUCGCAAGAAGGUCUCUGUUCUCACUGAGCGACUCGAAGCUGCCACUGGCCACGGUAUGGCCGUUGCACCCAGCACUACCUUCACCGACUUUGCUUCUGAGAUGGACAACCUCAACAUGGGCAACAGCGACUGGGACAACUACAUCUUCGUCAACGACUUUGCAUCUGAUGAGCAGACCCCACAGCAGACUCAGGAUCAGCCUCUCGCUCUCGUCUCACGCUCAAAGGACGAGGACAAGCCAGUCGCUUCUGGUCUUCUGCUCAUGCUUCUGCUGUGCGGUGCUUUCGUCGCAAGCAAAUCUGGCAACGCUGCCCCGCCCAUUCCUCGAAUGCCCGAUGAAGUCCGUGCUGCCUCGGCUACUGUGCUCGACAGCAUCUUCAAAGAUGCUGGUGUCUCGACGACGCUAAGUGAGCAAGGCCUCAUGGCAAACCGCGUUUCCGGUCUCGAACCUGCACCCUCCGGUGUCGCUUGGCCCAAGACAACCAUGUCUGGCUCUGAACUCGCUGGCAUCUCUGGCUCCCAUCUCGCUCAACUGCACUCUCAACUCACGGGGCCGACAAAGGAGCAAGAACAUGAGCAGUUGUUUUCCAUCACGCCUGCGCAAUACAACAGUAUGACUUCUCUGGACUUCACUCGCCAACGGUAUAGCAUUGCUAGCGACGACAUGUCCGACCCCUUGUCUCCUGGUUCUCAACCUUCGCACCGACGCAACCUUGCCGAAUCCCUCGCUGCCAUGCGCGAGCAAAACAAGGGUGACUCUGCUGCCGAAAUCUACACGCGAAGUCUUCUCUGGGACAAGAUCGCGCCUGAAGUUGUCCAGGAAUUCAAGCGCAUCGUCGAAGAAUCUGCUGCCAUGUCACGACCAGGCACAUCCGACGGUACCAAAAUCGAGAACGUUGGGUGA